GAGCUGAAGGGAGAGCUGGAGUAAGACUGUGAAGAAAGACGGCAGGAGGGGAAAGAAGGUGGAGAGAGAGAGAGAGAGAGAGAGAGGUGUACUGUAGCUCCAUAAGCUUCCUUCCUCAGACAAAUCCUACAGGAGCAGUCAGUCUGCCGAAAGUGGGAGAGAGCGAGAGCGAGAGCACGGGAACGUCAGAGUUGGAAGACAGAGUUGGUCCUGGUUUUGCACCCUGUGCUCGGAGCAGAUGGCAUGGCAAAGUGAAGCGCUCUCGUAGUGUGUUGUCUUCAGCUGCUGCAAGGCUGUGACCGCUGUACGUGCCGGAAGAUUGAGAUGCAGAGCAUUGUGGGAACAGCAACCUCAGGAACGUGACCAACCCACAAUUCCUGCUCCAGACAUUACCAACCAUCUUCAGGCUUAUUGUUGGGCAACCAGAGUGUACAACUCAGGAGAGUGUCUUUACGCAACUAUUAAAGGCGAUUGAGAUCAUUUCAAUAGUCUGAGUGUUUAUGCUUGUGUUUGUGUGCGUGAGACCGUCUCUGACCUGUGGGGAGUCCUGGAGUCCUGUUACACCGAUAGCCACCCCUUAUGCAUGUUUCAUUUGCUGGGAGGAGAACAGAGCCUUCCUUUGUCAUCUAAUACGUCCAAUCCACCAGCUGUAGGCCUCAAACACUCCCAUCAGUUUUACUCACCUGCACCAGUUUGUCCAUCCAAACACCAUCAGGUGCCCUUUGUCAGUUCCUUGAGUAGCUAAAACAAGAAGGAAAGAGACCCGGAUUCUCAAGCGAUCAUCAAGAAAGGAUUCUGUAAAGAAAUUCAGCACAGGACUGGAUGUUCGACUUUUGACCGAAGUACAUUUUGUGCUCAGGCAUUCAGAUAAGUCUUUUAAAAGACGCUCAGGAUCAACUUAGCACCUCCGUUUCCUCUUGAAUCUUUAAUCCGGACAGCUCGGCAGUUAACCUCUCGCCAUCCCUGGGACCGGGGUACGUCUCAAUUUAGCAUCUUAACGGUGAUCACAGCGGCAGGGGUGGUGAGUUUGGAGCAUGACGGACACGCUUCGACCGCCAUCCCUCCAGGUGCACGUCCCUCGGGACGAUCCCAGCCAUGGAGAGGAGGAGGGUGGUAGCGGAGGCGGUCAUGACAGCCUCGUCUGGUCUAGCUCAUCCACCCCCACCCUGCGGCGCCGACGUUUUAAGAUGAAACGAAUGAAAAAGCUGCCCAGCGAGCGGGAGCGGCUUGAAAACGGGCUACUGCGGCAUCCUGGAUCACGCUCGGCUUCCAAAGAGUACCUUCAGCUGCCCUCCAUCGAAAUCACGCCGUCUAGCGACGAGGACGCGGCCUGGUCCAACAGCUCCACCCCGAGUGCCUCGCCCCGGCGUAAACGCUUCCUGCUUCGCAAGUGGCUGAAGGUGCGAGAGAGGAAGGAGCAAGGCAGUGAGAGCAGCAGUCAGCAGAGUAGUCAACAGAGCAGCCAGCAGAGUAGCCAUGACGACGAUUCCAGCCGCUUCCUGACUCCCUCCAUCCGUGAGGACAGGGCUGACAGCGGAGCAGACAAGUGUAGCACUGCCAGUAACUCUAACCGGAGUUCCCCUGCUUGCUCUCCGGUUCUGCGGAAGCGUUGUCGCUCUCCGACUCUGCAGAACGUCGAGACAGACAACAUGGUGGAGAAAGGCUCGGAACAGUCCGACACAUCCAAGUCCCCCUCCACUCCUGAGCAGCUGGUCACACGCACCUUCUCCGGUCAGUCCACACGCAGCGGGGGCAAGAACUCCAAGUCUCACAAGCGACUUUCCAAAAAAAGCCAGAGCUGGUACAACCAUGAGAGACAGCACAUUCUCAGAGUCCUCAGUCCAACGUAUAAGCAGCGUAAUGAAGACUUCAGGAAACUCUUCAAGCAGUUGCCGGACACAGAGCGUCUUAUUGUGGACUACUCCUGCGCUCUACAGCGGGACAUUCUCCUGCAGGGCCGCCUCUACCUCUCCGAAAACUGGAUCUGUUUUUAUAGCAACAUCUUUCGCUGGGAGACACUGCUUACAGUACGGCUGAAAGACAUCUGCUCCAUGACGAAAGAGAAAACGGCACGUCUUAUUCCCAAUGCCAUUCAGGUGUGCACAGACACUGAGAAGCACUUUUUCACAUCGUUUGGUGCUAGAGACAGGACUUACAUGAUGAUGUUCAGACUGUGGCAGAAUGCACUGCUGGACAAGCCCCUCUGCCCUAAAGAGCUCUGGCACUUUGUACAUCAGUGCUACGGCAAUGAGCUGGGCCUCACUAGUGACGAUGAAGACUACGUGCCGCCUGAUGAUGAUUUCAACACAAUGGGAUACUGUGAGGAGAUCCCGGCUGAGGAGAACGAGGUCAGUAAUGAUAACUCAUCCAAGAGCAGCAGUGAGAACAAACAAGACAACAGUUCACCUCUGACACAUAAGAGAUCCAUCACCCACUCCACCAUCACCUCCACCACACCUCCCAGCAGCACUGAUACACCACUGUCUUUUGACAUUGCAGCUGAGGAGUACACAGACUGCCUUGCUGAUGGAGAUCUGCUGCCACUCCCUCUGCUGGCUGAGGAGAGGAACAGCGAGCCGGCCAGUCCUCUGGACCCUGUGCCGCCACCCGCACUCGACUUCAACGACAACGAGGAUAUACCCACUGAUCUCAGUGAUUCCUCAGAAACACAUGAUGAAGGAGAUGAGGUUCAAGCAUUCCACGAGGAUCUGAAUGGCCGUCAGUACAUUAACGAGGUGUAUAAAUUCAGUGUCGAUAAGCUGUACGGCAUCCUCUUCACGGAGUCCCAGUUCAUGACAGACUUUAUGGAGCAGAGGAGAUUCACAGAUGUGGUGUAUCACCCUUGGAAGAAGGAGGAUGCUGGAAAUCAGACGAGAGAGAUCAUGUACACAAUCUCCCUGACCAACCCACUGGCUCCUAAAACAGCUACAGUUACUGAGACUCAGACCCUGUAUAAGGCCAGCCAGGAGAGCGAGUGCUACAUCAUCGAUGCGGAAGUCAUCACUCAUGAUGUGCCGUACCAUGACUACUUUUACACCCUAAACCGCUACAUGCUAACACGCGUGGCCAAGAACAAGUGUCGGCUGAGGGUUUCUACCGAACUGAGGUACAGGAAACAGCCAUGGGGGCUCGUGAAGGGCUUCAUUGAGAAGAACUUCUGGAGUGGGCUAGAUGAGAACUUUAAAAGCCUUGAGCUGGAAUUAGCAAAGAUGGAGGACGCUCUAAUGGAAAGCCACAGACUGUCUCCUAAAUCUAAAGCACUGAAGAACUCCACCCUGAGGCGGAGAAAAAGGGGUCUCACCCACCUUCGCACAGCCCAUCUAGAUGAGACUCUCAGCCCUGUUACCACGCCAACAGACGAGGAGGUCAUCCACCGCAUCAAACACGUGGCAGGUUCCACUCAGACAAGACACAUUCCUGAGCACUCGCCAGGGGGCGGGAUUUUCUGCAACCUCUCUAAACCAUUACUCAUCAUCAGCUUUGUGAUCUGUAUAAGUCUGGUGCUACUGGUGUUUUUGAAUGUGAUGCUGUUCUAUAAACUCUGGAUGCUGGAGUAUUCUGCACAGAGCCUCACCAGCUGGCAGGGCUUACGUCUACAUGAGAGUAAACUGCCACAGACACAGAUGGAAUGGGCACAGCUCCUGGAGUCCCAACAGCGGUACCAUGAUGCUGAGCUGCAGAAAUGGAGAGAGAUUAUCAAAUCUUCUGUACUGUUAUUGGAUCAGAUGAAGGAUUCCUUACUGAACCUACAGAAGGGUGUGGGACUGAGAGAUUACAACGCAGAUUCGGACGAGAAGAGGAGUCGAUAUUACUGACAGUUACCCUCCAGGCCACCAGGGAGCGCUGUGCAAUGUAGAGCCACGUAUAAGAACGAAAGGCAAAAAACAAAAGGGCCAUCUGUGCGUGUUUGACUAUGCAUACCAAACAGAAGAGACACUUGAUAGAGACAAGAAGAAGAAAAAGAGAUGGACCAGAUACUGCCAUCGGACGAUGCAAUUGGACAGUCAUCCCACAGGAAGUGGGGCCGUAUCUGUCCCGUGGAAUUGUGGGGCUGUUACAGUCCGAGUGGGCCCAUCACUUUUCCAGCUUUCUUUCAGGUUCUCUUUCUGAGGAUGUUACUGUACACUCCGGUCACAGGAACGGAACAGACAUGAGGAGGAGUGUCGGGAAAAUGAAGAGCAUGCUUUUUAUUUUUUAGCCCUCCUCUCUUUUGAAGUGUUUUUAUUGGUACAAAGAAUGAGAAAAAUGAUCUUUUUAGUUUGCUUUUGACCGGUAACAGCACAGCUGCCCUGUCCCUUUUCCGUUUUUUGAGAGCUUUUCCACAGGAAGUGGUGUGAUGAACGAGAUCAUUGAGCAUUAUGAAAUCUAGUUCACUCAUGCUGUAAUAUCAGGGCUGGUUUCCUUGAUAAUCCAGCGCUGGAAAGUUUCAUUCAAUGCUUAGUUUCUGCAAAAGGGCCAUUUGCGCUAAAAACAGAGACCUUGCAUUUCUGUGAAGCGUUAAACCAUUAUGCUAAUGUGUAUUUGCACCAGAGAAAGACUGUGAAAAGGGACACCGCAGACAGGAAGAUGGAUCAAACAUUUUUGAUUACUAAACUGUGAUAUCUCCUGAUUUAUUUGAAUAUGUAGGAAAAUAUAUGAAUAUGUUUGAAAUAUAUACUUCAUUUGAGAUUUAAUAUAUAUUUCAAUAUAUGUAGAGGUCAUUGCAGAUAUUUAUUGUUAAUUUAUGUACAUAGAACACUUAUCAAAGCUCUAGACGGAAAGAGUUUAUAAUUAUUAAACUGCGUUUUCUUCAGCAACACGCACAAGCACGUUUGAGACGUGUAUCGUGAUUUGAUCGGUGUCUAUUUUGGUGAAUGUAAGUGUGUUCGUGUGACGUUUUAAAUCAUUCCACUUAGCACGUCUUGUGUCUUCCUCCCGGCACAUGAAGCCAAACUGCCUUUUUCUUGCCCAGCAGCUCAAUCCACUGGGCGUCUGUUUACACAUCCGCCUGGCUUCAGAAAGCCGAGCGGUCUAAAAAACGACCAUAUAUCGGCUCGGCCCGAUCCCACGCAUGCACGCACGCUUUUCCUGCUGUGGCACCAUUCCUGUUUUUUAUUUCGUCUGAGGACAGUCUGGAAAAUACAGUGCCCUGCACAUAACAUGCAGGAAAAAAAUAGUAGGCUAAAUCAUGUGCAUGACUUAGGGUUUAAUAAGUCGUUCCCUCGAUUUAGUAAUCGUGCGCACGAUUUAGCAAAACAAGGGAACAAAAUAGUGAAUCAUGCGCACUAUUUAGCAACAUUUAGUGUUUUGGGACUCCCUCGAAAAUUAGAUGUUUCAUAUCAAGGGGCUGUCCUUCCAAUAAAUUCACUAUCCAUUCAAUAAAUUCAAAUUGAGGGCAAAUCGAUUUAGCAAAUCGAGGGAACAAAAUACUGAAUCGUGCGCACAAAUUAGCAAAUCGAGGGAGUGAAAUAGUGAAUCGUGCGCAUGGUUUAGCAAAUCGAGGGAGCAAAAUAGUGAAUCGUCCGUACAAAUUAGCAAAUCGAGGGAGCGAAAUACUGAAUCGUGUGCGCAGUUUAGAAAUCGAGGGAGUGAAAUAGUGAAUCAUACGCACGAUUUAGCAAAUCGAGGGAGUGAAAUAGUGAAUCGUCCGUACAAAUUAGCAAAUCGAGGGAGCGAAAUAGUGAAUCGUGUGCACAGUUUAGCAAAUCGAGGGAGUGAAAUAGUGAAUCGUGUACACGAUUUAGCAAAUCGAGGGAGUGAAAUAGUGAAUCGUACGCACGAUUUAGCAAGUCGAGGGAGCAAAAUAGUGAAUCGUGCGCACGGUUUAGCAAAUCAAGGGAGCGAAAUAGUGAAUCGUCCGUACAAAUUAGCAAAUCGAGGGAACGAAAUAGUGAAUUGUGUACAUGAUUUGGUGCACGGUUUAGCAAAUCGAGGGAGCGAAAUAGUGAAUCAUUCGCACGAAUUAGCAAAUAGAGGAAGCGAAAUAGUGAAUCGUGCGUACGAUUUAGCAAAUCGAGGGAGCGAAAUAGUUAAUCGUGCACACGAUUUAGCAAAUCAAGGGAGCGAAAUAGUGAAUCGUGCGUACGAUUUAGCAAAUCGAGGGAGCGAAAUAGUGAAUCGUGUGCACAGUUUAGCAAAUCGAGGGAGUGAAAUAGUGAAUCGUGUACACGAUUUAGCAAAUCGAGGGAGUGAAAUAGUGAAUCGUACGCACGAUUUAGCAAGUCGAGGGAGCAAAAUAGUGAAUCGUGCGCACGGUUUAGCAAAUCGAGGGAGCGAAAUAGUGAAUCGUCCGUACAAAUUAGCAAAUCGAGGGAACGAAAUAGUGAAUUGUGUACAUGAUUUGGUGCACGGUUUAGCAAAUCGAGGGAGCGAAAUAGUGAAUCAUUCGCACGAAUUAGCAAAUAGAGGAAGCGAAAUAGUGAAUCGUGCGUACGAUUUAGCAAAUCGAGGGAGCGAAAUAGUGAAUCGUGCACACGAUUUAGCAAAUCAAGGGAGCGAAAUAGUGAAUCGUGCGUACGAUUUAGCAAAUCGAGGGAGCGAAAUAGUGAAUCGUGCACACGAUUUAGAAAAUCAAGGGAGCGAAAUAGUGAAUCGUGCGUACGAUUUAGCAAAUCGAGGGAG